AUGGGUGUACCCACUUUAUUUGGAAGAUUGACUUGUUGGCAUAUUUUAUUGUAUGAAUUUGACAUCCAAUAUGUAAUCCAAAAAGUAGUCAAAUGGAGUGCUAUAGCUGAUUUCAUUACAAGCAGGGCUUCGGAAGAAUAUGAAUCGUUAAACUUUGAUUUCAUGGAUGAAGAGUUAAUAGCUAUGUUAGCUGAAGAAGCAGUUUCCUCUAAUGAUGAAUAUUGGAAAAUGAACUUCGAUGGUGCCUCGAAUGCCUUGGGACACGAGAUUUGGGCAAUUUUGGUCUUAGCUAAUGGAGAACAUUAUCCUUUCACUAGUCGACUGAACUUCAAUUGCACAAACAACAUGGCCGAGUAUGAAGCAUGUAUUCUGGGUCUCAGAGCUGCCAUUGAGCGUAAAGUAAAAACACUCAAAGUGUAUGAUGAUUCAAUUCUAGUAAUUUAUCAACUUAAAAGCAAAUGGGAAACGAAAGACCCCAAGUUAGUGGAAUACAAUUGGUUGGUCAUGGAGCUUAUCAAAGAGUCUGAGGAAGUGACAUUCCAUUACCUCCAUAGAAAAGAGAAUCAAAUGUAG